GUUGGAGCGGGGCAGAACAGAGGAGACAACGAACCAUCGAAGUCCCAGCAUGAUAACCUCCUCUACACGUUUACUGUUUGAGCUGCAUUGGGAGAGAUGCUGUUGGUCAGGAUGUGCAUCUUGAAGACUGCCCUCAUUAUUUCUGUGGCUGUUAUACUGUCGGACUGUGCCAGAGGACCUCCACGAGUAUCUCACAAAGUUACCCACAGACAGUCCGCACGGCUGGGUAGUGGCAUCAAGCUGCCCUGUCCCGUGGAAGGUGACCCCCCUCCCCUCAUCAUGUGGACCAAAGAUGGUCGCAACAUCCACAGUGGCUGGGUCCGAUUCCGCUUCCUCCGAAUGGGACUCAAGAUCAAGGAAGUGGAGGCUGAUGACGCAGGGACCUACAUCUGCAAAGCCACCAAUGGAUUUGGCAGUGUCAAUAUCAACUACACUCUCAUUGUCAUCGAUUCUAGAGCCACAGCAGAAACAGCUGAUGGGAGGCAGUCUGAAGCAGAUGUGGAUACAGAAAAACUGGUGCGCCCUCGCUUCUCUGAGCCGACUAAAAUGAGAAAAAGAGUCAUCGCACGUCCCGUAGGCAGCUCUGUGCGCCUCAAAUGUGCGGCCAGCGGGACCCCUCCACCGGACAUCGAGUGGCUGAAGGACGAUUUGCCCCUGAGUGACCAUGAGGUUGGAGAGGGACGCCAGAAGAAGUGGACCCUAAGUCUGAGGAACCUGAGCCCAGAGCAGAGUGGCCGCUAUACGUGCCGAGUCUCCAACCGUGCUGGCGAGAUCAACGCCACAUACAAACUAGAGGUCAUAGAGAGAACCAACUCCAAACCCAUCCUAACAGGCACUCACCCGGUCAACACCACGGUGGACUACGGGGGCACCACCUCUCUGCAAUGCAAAGUACGGAGCGAUGUGAAACCAGUCAUCCAAUGGCUUAAACGGGUGGAGUCCAACGAGGAGAGUCGCUACAACUCUACCAUCGAAGUGGGGGACCACAGGUUCAUGGUGCUGCCCACGGGGGAGGUGUGGUCCCGGCCUGAUGGGUCCUACCUGAACAAAUUGCUCAUCUCUCGCGCCAAAGAAGAGGACGCGGGCAUGUACAUCUGCUUAGGAGCUAAUACUAUGGGCUACAGCUUCAGGAGCGCCUUCCUCACUGUGCUGCCAGACUCAAAAGUCCCCAUCACCACAGUGUUCUCUGCGACCCCCACCUCUCUGCCCUGGCCCGUGGUCAUAGGCAUACCUGCCGGCAUUGUCUUCAUCUUUGGAACAGUUCUACUAUGGUUCUGUCAAAGCCGAAAGCAUUGCCCUCCUCCCACCAGUACUCACCCCACUGCAGGCCAAGGGCACACCCAGCGGCCUGUCUACCGAGAGCGAGACAGGUUGUGCGUAGCUGCGUCCAGUUCUGGCCCGGAGAAGGACUGCAUCACAUCCAGGAACUAUGAGGAGUACCUAUCCCAGCAGCAGCUACUGUUGAGCCAAGCAGCACUCCCUCCAAAACUCUACCCCAAAAUCUACACAGACAUCCACACACACACUCACUCCCAUGUAGAGGGCAAAGUACACCAGCACCAGCACAUCCAUUUUCAGUGUUAGCAGUUUGUCAAACACUUGCACGUGGCAUUAUUUUUCAGCACACCCAUGAAUGACUGUGGUUCUGUAGAUGUUUAUACCUGCUGCAUUUUAAAUGCACACCACUCAUGGAUGCCUCCUUGUUGUGCACAAAACUGUGACAGUAUGUGAGUUUGGUGCAACUUUUCAGGAGAAUGUGUUUGUUUUCUGGUGGAACUGAGUAUGAGGGGUAGAAACUGGGGUUUUCCCUUCACCUUAGCAAAGGCUGGUUUACACUCUUUUGUCAUUUUAAUGUGGACAGAGCUUUGACAUAGACCACUAAACUCCACAGGACCUAUAUGAAGCCUUACCUUGCCUGAGACUGCAGGGGUAUACAUUUUAUUCAAGUUUUGUAUUUGUAGAAUUAUUCAAUUUCAUAAUCUAUUCUGAUCUGUAUACAAGUGGCAGCAAAAGGAGUUGAGACAAUAACAUUCAUAAAAUGUUUUUUUGUUUUUUUGUUUUUGCAGUUCAGAAGUGAAUUUAAUUUAUUUGCCUAAAAUGAAUAUAUUUUUCAGAGUAAUAUGUUUACAUUUCAUUUUUACAGUGUUUAAUAGUGUGCUUAUCUUGGUGAAGUCUCUUUAACGUACUCUUGUUUGGCUGAUAUAUGUAUGGCUCUAAUAUGAAAGCUUUCUUUGACUUGAAAAUGUUGCCAUAAUCUUUCUGGAUUUUUAUUUAGCAGUUCACACAUUUUUUUUUUCUGUUGGGUCAGAACUAAAUAAUCUCAGAUCUGCAAAAGGUUCCUGCAGUACACAAUUGUAAAUUACAUGUUACAUUUGAUUAACUCAUGGCUAGUACAACCCAGAGGACAAUGAAAGGGACAAUGCUCCAGACAGGUCAGCUACACCUUUGCAGUGGUCAAGUGGUGUGUUGGGGUGAGGCCGGGGGCAGCCAGCUCGGGGACAGUGGGUGCUUAAUGUCCCUCUGACACAGAGGCAGUCUCUGUCCUUUCCAGAUGAGUGACAGCCACUGCAAGAUUACACUGAGAGCCCAGCAUCUCUCCCCCGUUUAAGUGAACCGAUCCUCCUGCCUCCCCAGCUCCAAAGCAGCAGAGGCAUUGAGCUCCUUCCAGAUAGGAUUACCUCUAGCGGUUAGAAAACACAUUGUCUGGAGUGGGAGUGAUGUGACAGGAGCUGCUGAUUGCUCAGGAAAGAAGAGGGGCAUUGUACCAGAAAUGCACUUGUUUUGUUGUGAUCAUUUGUGGGAUGGGGAUAAGCUGAGAAUGA